GCCGUUUGUGACACUGACGCGGGUGGGAGGCCCCGGCGGCGGGGAUGCGCGUGCCUCGGGCGGAGUGAGCGGCCCGCGGGGCGGCGAUGGCGGCGGCGGCAGCGGGGGGUUCGGGCGGGCCCCCGGAGGCGGCCCCCGCGGCGCUGCAGCGGGAGCCCGUGUAUAACUGGCAGGCCACCAAGGGCUCGCUGCAGGAGCGCUUCGCCUUCCUCUUCACCAACGAGCUGCUCAGCGACGUGCGCUUCGUGGUGGGCAAGGGCGGCCCGCGGCAGCCCGGCGGCGGGGGGCCCCCCGGGCCCGGCCAGCAGCGCAUCCCCGCCCACCGCUUCUUGCUGGCCGCCGGCAGCGCCGUCUUCGACGCCAUGUUCAACGGUGGCAUGGCCACCACCUCGGCCGAGAUCGAGCUGCCCGACGUAGAGCCCGCCGCCUUCCUGGCGCUGCUCAGGUUUCUUUAUUCAGAUGAAGUUCAGAUUGGUCCUGAAACAGUUAUGACUACUCUCUACACUGCCAAGAAGUAUGCAGUCCCAGCCCUGGAAGCACAUUGUGUGGAAUUUCUAACUAAACACCUUAGAGCAGAUAAUGCCUUUAUGCUUCUUACCCAGGCUCGAUUAUUUGAUGAACCUCAGCUUGCUAGUCUUUGUCUUGACACUAUAGACAAAAGUACAAUGGAUGCAAUAAGUGCAGAAGGUUUUACUGAUAUUGACAUAGACACACUGUGUGCAGUACUAGAAAGAGACACACUUAGUAUUCGAGAAAGUAGACUCUUUGGAGCUGUUGUUCGCUGGGCAGAAGCAGAGUGUCAAAGACAGCAGCUGCCUGUGACGUCAGGAAACAAACAGAAAGUGCUUGGAAAAGCUCUAUCUCUAAUCCGUUUUCCACUAAUGACUAUUGAAGAGUUUGCAGCAGGUCCUGCUCAGUCUGGAAUUUUGUCAGAUCGGGAAGUGGUAAAUCUCUUUUUGCAUUUUACGGUCAAUCCUAAACCUAGAGUUGAUUAUAUUGACCGACCGAGAUGCUGCCUCAGAGGAAAAGAAUGCAGCAUAAACAGGUUCCAGCAAGUGGAGAGCCGUUGGGGGUACAGCGGAACAAGUGACCGAAUCAGGUUCACAGUUAAUAGAAGAAUUUCCAUAGUGGGAUUUGGAUUGUAUGGAUCUAUUCAUGGACCCACAGAUUAUCAAGUCAAUAUACAGAUAAUUGAAUAUGAAAAAAAUCAAACACUGGGACAAAAUGAUACUGGAUUUAGUUGUGAUGGAACUGCUAAUACAUUCAGAGUUAUGUUCAAAGAACCUAUAGAAAUUUUGCCAACGGUCUCCUACACAGCUUGUGCAACACUCAAAGGUCCUGAUUCCCAUUAUGGUACGAAAGGAUUGAAGAAAGUAAUCCACGAAUCUCCCACUGCUAGCAAAACCUGCUUUUCCUUCUCUAGUUCACCUGGUAACAACAAUGGUACAUCGAUAGAAGACGGACAAAUACCAGAAAUAAUAUUUUAUACAUAAUUACACAGGAUAGUUCAUCUCAGAUAAUACAAGUAGCAAUGUAUAGACUGACAUUGGCAUAAAGUACUUGCUAUUGGUGGCAAUUAUUAAAUUCUAUGAACUUACAUAAAUAUAUAAUCUCUUUGUGUACUAUGAAACUAGAACAUUUCUUAUAGGAGGUACCAGAAAAAUCUAUUUUUCUCUCCAUGAUUUUGGCAGGAUAUCAAUAAGUUAACAGAUGUAGUUCCUUUUACCUUCACAAAACCUUGAAAGUAAGAAGUACUCUAUAUUGUAAAGGUAUUUAAACAUUAUCUUGUGUUCUGUUGGUUUAAUUUACUUCCUGACCCUUUACAUUGUCUUCAGCAUUUGGUGAAAUUCUUCUUUGAUCUCCUUGUUUAUUAUGGAAUUUUGGUAUAUUAUUUUUGUUCUUUAAAAAUGCAAUAGCUAUAUUACUUUGUCCCAGACUUGCAUUUCCCUCUAAAAUACUCUUGCAAUGACCAUUAUGGACUCAAAUGACAACUUUUUUUUUUUUAAUUACAGCAACAAAACUGGAUUUCUUUUUUCUUUUUUUUAAAUGAGCCAUGAAGAAAUACCUGGGUUAACACUGUAAACAGUAUCUGGAAUUGUAUUAAAGAAAUAUAGCACAUACUUAUAGCUGAGAUCUGCAAUGUACAAUACUUCAAUGGUCUUGGUUUCAUUCAGAAAUGUGUAUUUUAUAGUAAUGUAUUGGAGCGUGUAAGUUGGUAUAGUGAUGACUAUUGUAUAUAAAUAUGCCUGCAAAAAUGUAUAAUGUGAAGAUAU